CUUUAUCACACAGGUAAGGAGUGGUCCCCACCCAGUGGACCUGAGGCCCAGCACCAUUUGAAGGAGCUGUGUGAGGUCUUUGACCAUCCAAUUACACCUAUCCCAUUUACAAUGGUAGAUGUUAUUCAUUUUAAGAUGGUCAAGGUCAACAAUGCAUCUGAGGAUAAAGAAGACACUGAUAAAGAAAUGGUUGAAGCUAAUAAACUGGUUGUCAGUCCUGUCACUAUAUGGAUAAGAGUCUUCUCUGAGUCUACCUCUGCCAUGGCUGCCCACAACAUAGCUCAGGAUAUCUUAGCCCUUCUCAAGGACUACCAGAUCACCAACAUCAAUGUUGACUUCCACAAGUCCUUCUACAUGUGCAAGGCUGAUCCUCAGCUUCUCAAACCCAUCUCUGUCAAGAACCCACUCAUUGACAUUGUCAGUCUCCUCACUCCCACCCUUGGCCUGCACAUCUCUACUGAGGCCAGGCCCAACACUCAGGGAACAAUAGCCCUCUAUCUUGCCAGAGGUGGUGGCAGUGAGAAACUCUUGGGCCUUUCAUGCCAUCACAUCUUCAUCAGAUCCAAAGAGGCCAACAAUGACUAUGUUUACCACUCCAGUGCACCUUGUAAAAAUGUCCUCCUGCUUAGCAAUAGAGACAUAACUGACCUUGUUAAUUCGAUCAAAAUCAAUAUCAGAGGAUAUAGCACAGUGGUGAAGAACUAUAGAAAGGACAUUAAAGGGUUUGAGGAGAGAGAGAAGGGCACCAAUGCUACUGAUGUUAGAGAGGCCAAGGUGGCCCAAAUUAAGAUUCAGGUGUUGCUAGAUAGUGUGGAGAAGAAAAUAGAUGCACUUACAGUGUUGUGCAAUCAGCUCAACAACAACUGGAACAGACUUCAAAAUUGUGUCCUUGGACAUAUUCUCUGCUUUCCACCCAUCAGUGUCAGUGUCAGUGAGCAGCAUCUCAUGGAGGACUGGGGUGUUUUCAAGAUCAACCAAGCCAAGCUUAGUGAUGGCUUCCAGGGUAAUAAGAUUGAUCUUAGAACAAAAUUAACACCUGAUCAGUUUAAGGAAAAAUGUUUCAUCCCUGGAGACACCAACUGGGAGUUCACAUAUCCCAAAGAUCAUCUGCUUCCACUUAUGGGCAUCAUUCCUGACAACAUUCUGUGCACCUCCAACAUGUGGGACUUGGAUGGUGAACCAUGCUUGUUGGUCAUCAAGAAUGGCAAUGCCACUAGCACCACCAUCGGCCAUGCAAAUGAUGUCUUUUCUAUAGUUUGCAAAUACUUCACUGACAUGUCAAUUGACCAAACCUCUAUGGAGUGGGUGAUAAUCAACUAUGACAGUAAGUCAGAAGUAUUUUUGGAACCUGGCAAUUCAGGCUCAGUAAUUGCUGAUAUCCAUGGCCAUAUUAGUGAGAUGCUUACUGGUGGUUCUGGCAGGAUGUUAUCUUCUGAUAUGAUCUAUGCCACACUAUUCUGGUGGCUCCUUGAGCAUAUCAAGCUGAACAGAUUCUCUAAUAUGCACCUCAGCAUUGUCACCUAUGCAUCUCAACAUCCAUAA